AUGUCUCCGGCGGCGGCGCCGCUCGACGACGAAAACCUACUCUCGGAGAUCCUCCUCCGCCUCCCCCCGCUGCCGUCCACCCUCCCCCGCGCCUCCCUCGUCUGCAAGCGCUGGCGCCUCCUCGUCUCCGACAUCCUCUUUUUCCGCCGCUUCCGCGAGCACCACCGCCACAGCCCUCCCCUCCUCGGCUGCUUCGUCGAGGGCGACCGAUGCGUCUCCUACACGCCCACCAUGGAUUCGCCCGACCGUAUCCCCGGCGAGCGCCUCUCAUUGCAGCUCAUCGAAACCUGCCACUCCUCGGUCCUCGGCUGCCGCCACGGCCUCGUGCUCAUCUCCCCCGAUUCACGGAAUCACGUCCUGGUGUGGGACCCCGUCACCGGCGAUCAGCACCACAUUGCUUUCCCCCCGGGGUUUGUCGGGGUCGCAAACUCGAUCCACGGGGCGGUGCUUCGUGCCGCCGGCGAGGCCCGCCACUUCCAGGUGAUCUUGGUAGGGGUUGGCGGGGAAGACAAGCAACAUAUGCGAUUGCUCGCCCGCGUUUACUCGUCGGAGAAAGGCGCCUGGGGUCCUCUCAUCUCACCACUGGUUCCAUUUGAGGGAUAUACUACGAAGGGUAUUUUCAGCAUGUAUGUUUUCGGCUUGUCGUCUGUGCUGGUUGGGAAUUCCCUUUACUGGUGUCUUGGUGGGCGUUCGGAUGCAAUUCUCGAGUUUGAUUUGGAGAGGCAGAGCCUAGCUGUGAUCCGAGUACCACCGUGUCUGUCUAAAGUGGACCUUCUCCAAUUCGCGGUUAUGCGGGCAGAGGGUGGUGGACUGGGAUUACUCUCCAUAUUAGGCUUCACCGCCCAAUUAUGGAAGAGAAAGACUGGUUUUGAUGGUGUUGCAUCAUGGGGGGUGGCAACAACUAUUGAACUGGACAAGCUACUUUCCCUGAAUCCAGAGAAGGAGAGAGUGCAACCCCUGAUAGAAGGGCUUGCCGAGUACAAUAAUGUGGUUCUCCUGACUACAGGUGGUGAUGCUGUCAUCAUGCUGCAGCUUGAGUCACUGCAAUUCAAGAAAUUUUAUGAGACUCCCAACGCAUUUUAUCAUCAUCAAUUCGAAAGUGUGUAUUCUGCAGGGACAAGCAUUGGUGGUGGACAUGAUGGAGCUGAAUUUUUGCACAGUACAUAA